AUGACGGGGGAAGAAUUGGUCUUCAUCACCGGUGCAUCUGGCUUCAUCGGCAGCUGCACGGCUCUAGCACUACUCAGAGCGGGCUACCGUCUUCGUAUCCUGCACCGACAAGCAUGUAAGAUUGAGAGGUUACAGGCUCUGCUAUCGGAAUACAGCUCCCGGGUGGAGUAUGCCCUGGCUCUCAGCUUGACCGACAAGGCUGCAUACAGAGAGCACCUCGAUGGAGUGAACUACAUCAUCCACCUCGCGCAUCCCCUCCCCAGUAGCACCGAGAGGGAAGCCUACUUCGUGCCCGCCGUGCGGGCAACCACCACCUUACUGGAGGAAGCAGCCCGCGUGCCCAGCAUCAAGAAGGUCGUAAUCACCUCAUCGGUUGCGGCGCUCAUGCCGCUGGACGGCGUACCCCCUGGCGGCAUCAUCAAGGAGGACAACGACUGGGACUUCACCUUCGACGAAACCGAGGACUUCGCAGCCUCCGCCGACCCGCGCGGCGUCCCCAUGCGCCUCUACCACGCCUCGAAGCUCCUCGCCAACCGAACCGCGCACAAGUUCCGCACCACCGCCGCACCGUCCUACGCGCUCGUCACGCUGCAUCCCGUCUUCGUCUACGGACACAAUCCCACGCAGAACUCGGCCGAGGAAAUCGAGGCCUCCUCAAACGGACUACUCUGGUACACGCUCCUGGCCGGGGUCCCGCAUCGCUGCCAUUCACAGGUCCCCGGGGUGCAUAUUGACGAUGUGGUCGAGGCGCAUGUCCGGGCGUUGGACCCGGGGGUUGCGGACGGGUCGCGGUACCUGUUAUCGGGGCCAGGCAGGUCGUGGAAGGAGGUCGCGGAGGUUGUGCAGCGGGAGUAUCCAGAUCUCGGGGCGAGGAUUUCGACAGAUCUCGAGGAGGGGUUUCUGCCGAUGGAUGGGGGGAGGGCCGAGAAGGAGUUGGGGUUGGCAUGGCGUUCCUGGGAGGCGAUGGUGCGGGAUGUGGUGGAGCAGCAACUGGGGUUUGCGAAGAGUUAG